CUCUUUUUAAUUGUUAUUAAAGAAAAAGGUCGCAGCCUCAUACCAAGAAAAAGAAACUCUAUAUACAAACAUAUUCAUGAACUAAGGCGCUUCCGAUCUUCAAUCUUCUUAUUGAAAAAUAGGGUGAGGGGUCAACGAACACCAAGGAGAGAGCAACAAGUGCUACACAAACUUAUGCAGCUAAAAGUGCCAUAUUCUUUCAAAAAGGUCCUUUUUUCCCCAGCUAACCCAAAUAUAUAUUCUAAAAAAUACAGAAUCUAACUAAUUUUCUUGUCUACACCUUCUUAUGCAUAAUCAUCUAUUACACCUUCUAGUUAGUUCAUCACCAAACUAGCUCACAAUCCAAGCUCAAAAGAAGAGUGCCAAUUUUGGCAUCUGAAUAUUCCAAUCCGUGAAAACUCAAGACUGUUUCAAAAAUAACUCAGUUCAUGUAAUCUCUUGAUGAUGAUCAGUUUGGUCUCUGACAACUGAGGUACAUAUCUGCAAGAUUAUAACUCAGAAAAGGGCAUUAGCAGAAGAUGGAAAGAAUGAGGGAAACCAUGCAGAGGUUUCAGAGCCAUUUGACGACCGCGUGGGGGCAGUUGAGUCAUUUCAGAGACACGAUCUGGUGGCCACUUCUCAAGUCCUCCGCGUUGUCUCCCGUCGUCUUCACCGUCUUGUUCUUGCUCUUCGUCGGCGCGUUUGUCUCCACGCGCUUUCUCAACUCUGCGAAUCUAGCUGGCCCAACUAUCACUAAAAUCUUCGAAAGACCCCCUCAGAAGAUUGAGAUCCCACUGAACUGCACUGCAUACGACCCUACACGAACCUGCCCCUCAAAUUAUACCACUGCCCACAACAAACAAGAUGAUCUCGACCGUCCAUCGCCUCCCACGUGUCCAGACUACUUCCGAUGGAUCUACGAAGACCUGAGACCAUGGGCCCACACAGGAAUAUCAAGGGAUAUGGUGGAGAGGGCCAAACCUACGGCCGAUUUUAGGCUUGUUAUAGUGAAUGGCAAAGCUUACGUGGAGACCUAUCGAAGGUCCUUCCAGACGAGAGAUAUUUUUACAUUAUGGGGGAUCCUACAGUUGUUACGGAGGUACCCAGGAAGAGUGCCUGAUCUGGAUCUGAUGUUUAAUUGUGGUGACCUACCACUUAUUUUGUCAAAGUCAUACAGUGGGGCCAAUGCCACAUCACCGCCACCAUUGUUCCAUUACUGUGCGGAUGAUUACACACUUGAUAUUGUCUUCCCUGAUUGGUCGUUUUGGGGCUGGCCAGAGGUAAACAUAAAGCCAUGGGAGCCAUUGUUGAAGGAGUUGGAAGAAGGAAACAAGAAAAGCAAAUGGGUGGAUAGACAACCUCAUGCCUACUGGAAGGGAAACCCAAAUGUUUCUCCCAGCAGGCAAGACCUUCUCAAAUGCAAGGUUUCUAAGAAACAUGAUUGGAAUGCUCGUCUCUAUGUUCAGGAUUGGAAUAAAGAAUCACGGGAAGGGUACAAGCAAUCAAAUUUGGCAAGACAAUGCUUUCAUAGGUAUAAGAUCUACAUAGAAGGAGUUGCUUGGUCUGUUAGUGAGAAAUACAUUCUUGCCUGUGAUUCUGUUACCUUACUUGUAAAGUCCCAUUUUUAUGAUUUCUUCACUCGGAGUUUGGUACCAAUGCAACAUUACUGGCCUAUUAAGGUUGAUGACAAGUGCAGAUCCAUCAAGUUCGCUGUUGAUUGGGGCAACUCUCACAAGACGAAGGCAAAAUCCAUUGGAAAGGCGGGGAGUAGGUUCAUUCAGGAAGAGUUGAAGAUGGAGUAUGUGUAUGACUUCAUGUUUCAUCUUUUAAACGAAUAUGCCAAGCUCUUGAAAUUUAAGCCUAGCAUUCCUGAAAAAGCAGUCGAAUUCUGUUCCGAGUCCAUGGCUUGCACAACAGAGGGACUUGGGAAAAAGUUCAUGAUGGAUUCAAUGGUGAAGGGUCCUGCAGAUAGUAGACCAUGCACCAUGCCACCUCCUUAUGGUCCUUCUUCUUUAUAUUCACUUAUUCAGAGAAAGGCUAGCUCAAUUGAAGAAGUGGAAAUGUGGCAGGACAAGUACUUUGGAAAAUCAAAAUAAGAAGCCAGAUUAAGGGAAGACAUUUCACUUAAUUAAGUUCACAAUUUAGGAUUUAUAUUCUCUACUAAAAAUGAACUUAAGUUCUGUUGUCUUUUACUAAUAUGACCUAUGAUGUAUGUUAUAAACUGGAAAUUAAAUAACAUUGAAGGAUUCAAAAUCAUUGGC